AACUUACCAUGAAAGUGUAGCAAAUUACCAGUAUUAAUUUUACAUAGCUGGAAUAUUUUCACCUUCUCACAUAUAUAUUAUGUAGUCAAUUUAUAAAAAUAUACAUUUACAUAUAUAUGUAUAUUAAGGAGGCGCCUUGAUGAAAUGUAUAGAGUUGCACAUAGUAGGAAGCCCUCCUCAUUUUUUCCAACGUCUACGUAUAUAUGGUUUUCCAUCGUACGGUUGCCUAGGUAGCCACGGACGACGAAAUAUGUUUGGCGUAAACAAAUUGGUUCUCGUGAGAAGCUGAAUUAUUUUGUGGGAAUCAAUCGCAUAUGACAGUUCUCGUUAGUACAUAUCGGCAAUAUGACAUCUCUAGAUUUAAGACAACAGAAACUCGAACAGCAGAGGCAAUUAAUUGCACAAAAAAUGAAACAAAAACGACAAAGUGGUGCUGGUGGAAUGGUACAGGCAUCUAACAUAUCAAGCACUCAGCUUUCAAGUCACUCUACAAAAUGGAUGAAUCCAAACAAAGAGCUUCGAGGAUAUGAUGGGCCAUUACAGUUUAAUAUAUCACAAACAAACCCAGAUUUAAAUACCUUUGCAGAAAAUAAGGAUGUGGAAUCAAGAAUUCAUGAAGUAAGCACAGAAGGAGGUUUUUAUCAAACUAUGGAAGCUGCAGAUUGUGCAGAUGAAGAAUCGUCACCUAUAGAUAUACACUCUCCUUUGGAAUCUUUACCAUGUCCUUCACCUCUUAGAGUAGCUCCAUCAGAUGGUGCUAGCACACUUAUUAGUAGGGAGAAUAAUUCUUCAAGUCCAGAAUUAGAGGGAAACGUGGAAGGGAAUAUAGAGCAUUUUGUAUUACAACCAGCAAAUAAAAAAAUGCAUUACAAAUGUAGGAUAACACGUGAUAGGAAGGGUAUGGACCGUGGCCUCUACCCAACUUAUUUUUUACACUUAGAACGUGAUUAUGGGAAGAAGAUUUUCUUACUAGCUGGGCGUAAAAGAAAAAAAAGUACAACAAGUAACUAUUUAAUUUCUACCGAUCCUACGGACCUUUCAAGAGCAGGCGAAUCUUAUAUUGGAAAAUUAAGAUCAAAUCUUCUGGGAACACAAUUUACCGUAUACGAUAAUGGAUAUUCAUUAAUGAAAGAUGAUAAAAGAGACGAUCGUUUUAAUCCCAGGCAAGAAUUAGCGGCGGUAAUAUACGAUACUAACGUUUUAGGAUUUAAAGGGCCACGUAAAAUGACUGUCAUUAUCCCGGGAAUGACAUCGGAUCAAAAAAGAGUUGAGAUUUGUCCACGGGAUGAGUCCGAAACACUUCUUGAACGAUGGAAAACAAAAAACAUGGACAACUUAAUAGAAUUACACAAUAAGACUCCUGUAUGGAACGAUGACACACAGUCAUAUGUACUUAAUUUCCACGGACGCGUAACUCAAGCGUCUGUGAAAAAUUUUCAAGUGGUACACGAUAGUGAUGUUGAUUACGUUGUUAUGCAAUUUGGCCGUGUGGCAGAAGACGUUUUUACAAUGGACUACAGGUUUCCAUUGUGCACGCUUCAAGCAUUUGCCAUCGCUUUAAGUAGCUUUGAUAGUAAGUUAGCUUGUGAAUAAUAUAAUUCAUAAUUGAACGUAAAAAUGAUUAUACAUCUAUGGGCGAUAAACUACAUUGGUUAGAAGAAUCCGCAAUGGACAAUCAACAGAUUGUAAUGAUGUUUUUCUACAAGCAUAUCCGUAACAAUAACUAUUCUAUUGAUAUCUGAUGUAAGGAUAAUCGGUAUAAAUCGUGUGUUCACUUUUCUUAUAUAUGGAUACUGUUUUUAAAUGCUAAACAUACAUUUCACAUUUGAUGCAUUGCGCCCAAGGAUUAAGAUAACAGUUAUAAUUGUAUUGUUGUUGAUCCUAAUAUAUUGUGCUAUAAUGUGCAUUUCGACUCGUAUUGCACAUGCAAUGUUUUAUUGUUAAUACUUGUACCAAUAAUAUUGCCUAUAAACGUUCAGUGAUGAAUAAUAUACAUGGUAAAAAAUUAUAAUUUAAAAACAAACUGUACAAUUUUUAAUUUAUAUUUUAUUAAUUGUUUGCUCUUUUAUUCAAUAUUUGAAAUAUUUUAAACUAUGUUUGUGCAAUCAAAUGUCUGGUGUUUACAAGGUUCACAUUUUGGUAUUAUCAUGAUCAAGUUUUUACACAAACGAUAUUUUAUAGCAAUGAUAUUGAUAUUGAUACACUGCACAAUUUACUGCCUAAACAGAUAAUGAAUCUUUGUAUCAAAAGUAUGUGGAAUACGUAUAUGUCGAGUUGUUUUUAUGCUAUAUAUCUUUGCUUGAGGAUAUCAAGCACAUUUUACACUCAUGAUAAUAAAAUAACACAAAAAAUUAUAUGAGAAGUAAGAUUAAAGGUAAUAUUUAUCUGCAAUGUUUUUUAGAACUGACAUUAAGGAGAUAAAUGAUCAGUUAUUUGCAAACGGAUUUGUAUGUAAUUUAUUAUUUUUUCUUAGAAUUGGGAAUAAUCUUACAAAUGACAAAUAUGUUUUUAUUUACAUGAAAAUAUGUUGUGUAUAGCUCCCAGUGCAUAAUAUUGUAUCUCACAGUGUGAAAAAUUUUUGAAUAUCUAAGUGCACUGGUCAAAGAUAUUGCUAUAGCAGUGUAACCACGAUUUCAGUGUACGUAUUAUAAUGGAUCUGUUAAUCAUUGUCUAAACGUGUCAUUCAAAAUACAUAUCAAGUAUUUUUAUUUGAUAUACAACUUAUUGUUCAAAAAACAUGUUAUCAUUGACAUAAAAUCUCUUAUAUUUAUAAAAAUACCAAAGAUAUGUUGAUACUUAUGUAUAAUGUAGAAUGAAUUCAUUAAAGCAUUGAUAAAAAUAUUUUUAUGCUGUGCCUUUACAUAACAUUAAUUGCACAUUAGGGAAUUGCAAAGAAAAACUUAACAAUUUUUAUUUCAUUAUGUAAAUCUUCAUUCAUUGAAUUCGACGUUUAUGAGCAUUUUAAUGAUCAUAUACUAUUUUCAUCAAAUUUACAAAAGGUAAAGUUCAUUAUUAUUUUAAAGUUUUGUAAGAUCAUUUAUUAGUGUGUUUUAUGCAGCUGGGAAUUAAAUAUAUGGUAUUAAAUGUUUAUAUAUAUAUAAUAAAAUAAGAUAAAAUAACAAAAAGUAAAGUGAGAUCUAAACAAAUGUAAAAUCGCAACAAAUUGCAACACGAAAAACGGCAUUAUAGAAGUAUUGGAGAAAAUUUGUAACUUUAUAAAUUUUAUACAUCAUAAGGUUUGUUUGUGAUAAAGUAUGCUAUUUAUAAAAAAUGAAUGUAUAUUUUAUCAAAGGAAGGUGCUACUUAAAGCAAAAUCAUUUUUAUCAAGAUAAAGCAAAACCAAUUUAAAUACUAUAUAAGUAAACAGUAUUAAUAUUAUUUAGAAUGUCAAUUAGACAUUUUAUAAGUGUAAUAUUUCAUAUUGGACUUAUUUUUUACUUCAGUAAUGUUAAUACCGAAUAGCAUUUAAGAUGUAUUGAUAAUACUUUAAUUGCGUGUGAGUGUGCGUGU